CUUCCAUCAGCAAUUGCUCAUUGUGGACCGUGCGGCUCGCGAGACACUUCGUACAAUAGAGAGGCGCUCGAAGGAGGACAAGAAAUGUUGGACGGUUAAUGGCCACAUGCUCGACGUCGAAGACCGCAUCAAAAUCCGACACAAAAUCUUCGAGCGCGUCGAUCGGACUGAUGAACGGCAGUACAACGAACGCUUCAACAUCGACAAUUGGCUGUGUUAUAGCUGAUGCUCUCGCGGCCAGAGACAAGCUUUCUAGACUCGGUAUUUGGCGCCCCCGUCUCCUGCCGGCAUAUGACAAGCAUGAUCAUCUUGUCCAGCCCGAUAAGUACGAAGACGCGUUAAAAGGGGCACUCGUCAAAGCGAUCGUAAUUAUAUCGCGAUGGAAAAUCGACAGCUCGCUCUCGUUCAGCAUGGACAUCGUCGAGUUAAAUAUCAUCGACCAGCCGGUCAGCCUCCUGGCUUCACCUCUUAAGCACCGUGCUCAAGACAGUCCGGCCCACAGUCCAACUAAGAAAUGCCUUAUUCGCAAAUGAACACCCCCUACGCAUAGUCAGGUCUCUACGACCUCGCUCUUUACGACGUGUGACUUCCACGCUAUGAUACGCUUUAACACCGAUUUGUACUACUUGCACUGAAUCACUCUACUGCGAUGAUACGACAGUAUGAUUCAUGUACAAUUACCUUGCAACUGCAAGGUUUCUCCCGGGGCACAAUUGUGACGUGAUUUCGGCGCAGGCAACUUUGGCCUUGUUGUCUCCUUCGACGUCAUUCUAUCGCUUACCGUUUUCGUUUAGACGCUGUGCCCGUACCACUUUGUUUAUUAUGCCAUCGAUGUCUCCGCUGCGAGACAUCGAUGGCAUAAUAA